UCAAUUCCUCGCGUGCAUACUUUACUUCCUCAACAUCCAUACAACUAAAAAUAAAGCAAAUAAACAACAAACUGGCAAAAGUAGGUAGUGUGUUCACCGUGUCAGUAGCGCGUAAAUUGUCGCGGGGACGCGCGAAUUAAAUUUUGUCAUCGAAUACGCAAUCGUCGUCGGCGGGGAAGAUAGCGUCAUCAUCGAACGUAACCACGGAGUUUGAUAACUUGGCAACUUUCUCUCUCGCGAGCACUGACGGGUCGGGUGUCGAGUCGGUCGCAGCUCGCAACUCGCAGCCUCCCAGCCACGGUCGUGGUUGCAGCAGAAGCAGGCCGCUCGAGGCGACGGGCGCGCGUCAGCCACACGGCUCGGUUUCGAACGCGUUUUUCAAACGUAUGGACAAUCGAACGUUUUAUUGGAAAAAUAGUGGUUUUGUUUUGUUGUCUGUUAUCGAACGGUGCCAAAAUGGGAACCAGGAGGACGUUAAGGCGAGGUCUAUUGCUUUUAACGACCGUGUUAGCUAUACAAACGUGCGCACAGAAAAGCAAAUCAGAUGACAACAGUAUACAAGCAGUUCCAAGUGAUUUAAGAAGAGCAGUUAGUGAAGCAUUAACAUUAGAAAAAAGGUUUCUAUCGGGCAGUAGUGACACACAGAACUGCUCAACAGACAACACAGCAGCAAGCAAUAUCCCUUGCCCACCAAGCAAGUACCGCAGCGCCAGCGGAGAGUGUAACAAUGUGAGGCAUCGCCCAUGGGGCAGACGGGGAGAUAUCUUCUUAAGGCUGAUGCCGCCCAAAUAUGCCGAUGGAAUCACCCAACCUCUAUCUGCACCCCAAGUACCAGACGCCGCCUUGGUAGUGCAUGCAAUGGCCCAGCUAACGCAGCCUCCAGAUCACGACUACGUGACCAGCAUGCUGGCAGCUUGGGGACAGCUACUGAUCGACGACCUCGUCGGCACUGCCAAUGGGAACAAGGAAUGCAAAGGUCCAGAAUCUACGUGUGAAUAUGAGCGAUCAGCACCUGCAAGAGACAUUGAUUCGUGUGGUUUCGAGUACCGUGAGCAGAUGAACCUAGCUACUUCUGUACUCGAUGGCUCUGCUCUCUACGGCAGUUCCGAAAAGGAAUUGCGCUCACUUCGACUCUACGAUGCUGGCAAACUGGAUAUGGCCUCGUGUCGCAAAUGUAACGACGCUACUCCUACCGCACCUCUAUACAAGGCACUGUUAUCGGAACACAACCGCAUCGCUGGAGAACUAUAUUCGUUGAAUCCGUUCUGGGACGACACCACUUUAUACCUGGAAACCAGGAGAGCAAUGGCGGCCAUCAUCCAACAUAUAACGUACAAUGAAUUCUUACCAGUACUUUUAGGCGAGGUUGGAAUGGCCAAAGCCGAAUUGAAAUUGCAGUCACUCGGUUUCUGGCGAGGUUACUCAAGCGCAAACAGAGCAGGCACCUACUCAGAGUUGGUUGCUGUUGCACCCAUUUUUAUCGCUAUGAUGAAUGAGAAACUGACGAACUCGUCGAUCAGCAUACAGCACCUGAUCGGCACGGCGGCGCACCGGGCGGCGCGGUGGCCGGCGCGCGCGCGCUGGCACGUGCGGCGCGCGCGCGACCACGGCGCGCCGCCCUACGGCCGCGCACUGCGCAUGUGCGAGCCCACCGCCACACUCGCCGGCUUCGGCGACAUGGGCCGGCUCGGCUUCGACAGGCCGCACGUUGAAAUGCUGGCCGAUAUGUACAGAAACAUUGAAGAUGUUGAAUUGGUGAUUGCUGGUGCUAUGGAGAAGCCAGCGACCGGAGCUGUUAUUGGAUCAACGCUAGCUUGUGUUCUAGCACUCCAGUUCGCUAACUUGAAAAAGAGUGACAGGUUUUGGUAUGAAAACGACAUUCCACCAUCUUCAUUCCUGCCAGAGCAGUUGGGUGCCAUUAGAAAAGUCUCGCUGGCUGGAUUACUCUGCGCUGCUGAUGAUACCAUAACGAACAUACAACCCAAAGUGUUCAUCAAAGAAGAUCCUUACUUAAAUGCUGGCCAACAAUGUGCACAACACGGCCGCUUAGAAACAACAGCGUGGCGUGACGACAGCGGGGCGCGAGCCGCUGAACAACUGUCGCAAGACAUGCUCGCCGCAGCACUGCAGAAGGCCAAACAGGAGAUGGCUAAUAGAAAACGUCUCGAGUACAUGCUAUGGGAAUCCCAUGGUGGAGCUGACCCUAAAUCUCCAGUGGGGACUGCAGCCUCGUUCUCAAAAGCCAACAAAUAUGCGCUAAAAUUGGCUAACACUUCGCUCUUCUUUGAAUUUGCAACCAAUGAACUUCUCAACACUAUUCAUGGCGGAAACCGUCGUCGCAAACGGCAAGUCUUCGACGACUCUCUCAGUUUCGCAACUGCGAAUGACUUUGCAGAUUCCUUACAAUCUGUGGACGUCAGUGGGUUCAUUGGCAAGGACCAGUUGGGGCCGACCAUCGAACCAGGCUGCGACGACCAAGGACCCUGCAAUCCUGACAGUCCCUUCAGAACAUAUACUGGUCACUGCAAUAACCUUAGAAACCCAAACCUGGGGAAGAGUUUAACUACUUUUGCGAGAUUGCUGCCUCCUGUUUAUGAAGAUGGCGUUAGCCGGCCCCGUAUCAACUCGGUAACUGGCACACCGCUUCCAUCUCCGCGCAUUGUGUCCACUGUGAUCCAUCCGGAUAUCUCGAACCUGCAUACUCGAUACACUCUUAUGGUGAUGCAGUUUGCACAAUUCUUAGACCAUGAGCUCACCAUGACGCCCAUUCACAAAGGUUUCCACGAGUCAAUCCCAGACUGCCGCUCGUGCGACUCUCCCAGGACAGUGCAUCCAGAGUGUAACCCGUUCCCGGUACCGAGAGGAGACCACUACUACCCCGAGGUCAAUGUGACCUCUGGGGAGAGACUCUGCUUCCCAUUCAUGAGAAGUUUACCUGGACAGCAACAACUCGGACCUCGAGAACAAGUGAACCAGAACACGGCAUUCAUCGAUGCGUCAGUGGUAUACGGCGAGAACCCGUGCAUCGUGCGGACGCUGCGAGGAUUCAACGGCCGCAUGAACGCCACCGAGCACCCGAUCAACGGGAAGCACCUGCUGCCUAGGUCGAGCCAUCCCGAGUGCAAGUCGAAUAGUGGACUCUGCUUUAUUGCUGGUGACGGACGAGCAUCCGAGCAACCAGGACUCACAGCCAUCCAGACGGUAUUCAUGCGAGAACACAACCGGCUAGUGGAAGGUCUUCGCGGAGUCAACCCUCACUGGGAUGCUGAUCUGUUGUUCGAGCACGCGCGCCGCAUCCUCGCUGCUGAGUUCACGCAUAUCAUAUACAACGAGUUCCUGCCUAGGUUACUCUCGUGGAACGCAGUCAAUCUUUAUGGAUUGAAACUACUACCUUCAGGUUAUUACAAAGAGUACUCUCCAACCUGCAACCCUGCUAUCGUGACGGAGUUCGCGUCUGCUGCCUUCAGGAUUGGUCACUCGCUAUUGAGACCACACUUGCCACGUCUCUCGCCCACGUACCAACCAGUAGACCCACCAAUACUACUCAGAGAUGGAUUCUUCAAAACUGACAUGUUUAUGGCGCAUCCAGCUAUGAUCGAUGAACUAAUCCGCGGCUUAUCAUCGACACCCAUGGAAACACUUGACCAAUUUAUCACCGGUGAAGUCACCAACCAUCUCUUCGAAGACCGCCGUAUCCCAUUCUCAGGAGUCGACCUGAUUGCAUUGAACGUGCAAAGAGCAAGAGACCAUGGCAUACCGAGCUAUAACAACUACAGAGCUCUUUGUAAUCUGAAGAGGGCAGCCACAUUUGAGGAUCUGUCAAGAGAAAUUCCUGAUGAAGUAAUCGCAAGAUUAAAGAGGAUAUACCCGACUGUAGACGACAUUGAUCUGUUCCCCGGCGGUAUGAGCGAGCGACCGCUGCAGGGCGGUCUCGUCGGGCCCACGUUCGCUUGCAUCAUCGCCAUACAGUUCAGGCAGCUGAGGAAAUGCGACAGAUUUUGGUAUGAAAAUGACAAUCCUGCGGCCAGAUUUACGGAGCACCAGUUGGCAGAAAUCAGAAAGACCACGCUCUCCAAAUUGAUCUGUGAUAACUUCGACGAAGAAAGUGACAUACAACGAGCUGCAUUUGACUUACCCAGUGACUUCAACCCCCGAGUGCCGUGUGCAUCAUUACCCAAGUUGGACCUGUCAGCGUGGCGCGAGAGCUCCGCUCAAGGCUGCCUCAUCGCUGGCCGCUCGGUUGCCGUAGGGGACUCCGCCUUCCCAUCGCCUUGCACUUCCUGUAUAUGCACCGUUGAGGGAGCGCAGUGCGCAUCUCUCCGCAUCACGGACUGCGCGCAGCUGCUGCGUGAGUGGCCGCGGGAGGCCGUGCUGCGUGACGACGUGUGCGCGGCGCAGUGCGGCGCGGCGGCUGCCCGGGCGCCGCCCUCGCUGCACCCGCCGCCGCCGCCGCCGCCGCCGCACGCGCGCAGCCCGCGGCGACCCUCCCUCAACUUCAAAUUUCCUGACCUCACACCUUUCGUAGCAAAAUGAGCCCACCCAACACUUGGUGAAGGCGUUCGAAAUCGUGCAAUAAGAGUAAGCAUAUAACGAUGUGCCUAUUCGUAUUGUGUUAGUGUUGCCAACUCUCAAACAAAAUUUAUAAAUUCCUAAAUAAAUAAUAUAAGCAAUGAAAUGUAAAUAGAGUUGGCAACUGUCAAAUUAAAAACGACAAAAAUACAAUGUUUUCAAAUAAACAUUUAAAUCGGUUAAAUGUGAAUGGGGUUGGCACCUACCGUAUUAUAUAAUUCAGAUAAACGUUUAAGUUGAUAAGAUUUAAAUAGGAUUGAAAAAUGUAAAUAUAAUUGAAAUUAAAUGUCUGUAUUUAUGUUUAUUCAUGUUAUAUGUAAAUUACAUCAAUAACAAUGACAUGUGACUAUAACUAUGUGUUAUGCGCCAUCUAUCUUUAGCUUUCACUAGCUAAUCCCAUUGUGAGAAAUUACCAUUAUAAACUCACGAGGUUCCAUAUUGAAAUAAGACUAUUCAACUAAUCCGAAAAGAUGUUACUCUAGUAAGAUCGAUCGGAAUAUCUACUGAUUUAGUAUUAUUUUGAUUAAUUUCGCCACUACUUAUUAAAAUGACCCAUCUUUACUAUUGGUGGCAGAACUAAAUAAAAUAAUUAUUAAACUAUAAAUAAUUAUUACCCUAUUUAUAUUAAUAUAAUACAUUCACAAAUUAAAUACGAUGAAAUUGUAACAUAACAAUGAACCAACCAAAAUUCUUAUUAAUUGUUAAUAUAUGACACCCAUAAUUGCAUAAAUUCAUUGUUUGUUUUUAAAAAAAAUAUCCAUUAUAGACUAGGUUGAGUGACAACGAAUUUAGCACCAUAGUUUAUGAAUGUAUAGCGAAUAUUGAUAGCCAAUUUGUGUCUAUAUACCUACAGUACAGAUCACCAAAAUAGAUAAAACUAGUCCUAAAGGUGCGUUUAGGUUACGGUGCUAAAUAUUUGUAAGUACAAAAUUUUAAUAUACCAAACGCACCGCAAUUAAGGUCAUAGUUUUAUAUCUGGUUUCUGAGAAGCUCUUUCAAUAUCUUUAACAUCAUAAUGUACAGUCAUAAAUGUAGUGUUUAGUCAUCGUUUAAUACAAUUUUAGUUGGAUAAUUAAGAGAUUAUUUUUGUAUGUUAAGUGAAUAGGAACGAAAUGUUUUAUUUAUAAAAUGUCCCCGGUUACCAAAAAUUAUAACUGCAUUCGAUCUGCCUAUAAUCUACGAUGUAGUAUCUACCUGUAUUAUAAUAAAUAUUAACAGAUAUGUCCAAAUAACUUUAAUUAGAAAUAUUUCAUAGCGUAGUAUCAGUAAUUAGUUGUAUAUGUAAUUAUGUAAGUAUUGUAAUAAUUGGGAACAUUGAUUUCUCUGAAAGAAAUAUAGAAGCCUACCACUCUUGCAAUAAUUGACAAACUCAAUUAUUUUAAAAUUAAAAUUUCAAGUCAAUUAUUUUAUUGCGACACGGUUCUACAGAGAAUCUGAAAUUUAUAUUUUAUACUCACAGAAUUUUUCAUAUUUUUUUUUGUAUUUCAAGAAAAAAAACAAUACCUAUAAUAACGAGAAUAUUCGUUAAUUAUAUUAAGUAUAGUAUGUACAUUAGUGAAUAUGAAGAUUGGUGUAUUUUUUAAUAAUGUACAGUACAAAAAUAGCUCGCUGUACUCUUUUAAAUUGCAUUACUAUUCCGCUAUUGGAACAGUAGUGAUUUCGUAUGUAUAAUUUUAUACUCUUUAAAUUUUAAUUUUACGUAAGCAUUUAUGGCCAUCUUUAGCUUUAAUUGAGAAUAUGAAAUGUAUUAGGACACAAGUAACAAGAUACUGUACAUCACAAAACCAAUAUCUAAGGAUUUGUUGUCAAAUAACCGAACCAAUUUUGCGACAUAGAUGUAUUAUAAGUAUCAACCGUGAAUAUAUUAUAAAGUGUUACCAUUUAAUCCUAAUAUUCAAAUGUUAAUCUUAAUCUUGCAAAGAAUAUUUUGUGUCUCACUGCCUAGUUUUUAUAUCUAGAAAGCUGUAUAAAUUAUUUUUAAUAUAUUGACAUAAUGACACAUAUUUACAGAUAAACUGCAUUCAAAUGUUAAGAAGUUGCAUUAUUUACUGUUUUUACAUAAAAUUUAAAUACUAUUAUUCUAUUUAUAUAAAUAAUUCUAAAAUUUAAACAAAAGACGAUCGAUUAUCAUACAUUUUUUUUUUUUAUUUUGAUUAUAUAUUUUAUACGAGUAACAAUAGCACUAAAAAGGUUAUAAUGUUAAAUAAUUCUAUGGUAUUAAUAAAUUCCAAACAGUUGUUGCAAAAAAACAAAUAUAUUAAAUUAACAAAGCUGUACACAGCAAUGGAAAAUGCUGCUUGGUUCAUUAACGGAUGAUACACUAUUGUUAAAAUAAAUAUAUUUUUUUUAUAAUUCGACUGUCUAAGGUUAUCACUUAUAUUUCAAUGGGACUCAAUUCUUUAGCAAAAAGCAGUAAAAAUGCAGAUUGUCUGUAUUAUGUCAAAUAUGUUAGUUUUUAUGUGAAGUAUUGACAAAUCUCACCUAGUGACAAUUUCUAUAAAAUUAUUUUUAUCGACAAGUUGUUUAAUUUAAUUCUUCAAAGUAGAAAUAGGAGCUAUUAG